AUGGGCAAACGAGGGCAAUGGUCGGACGAAGAGUGGCGAGCCUGGCGCUCGUCUGGUGGAUCCACAGCUCACAAUGGGUGGAGUCGCCAGGGUGGCAAGAACAAGGGGAAACAAUCCCCGAAGGGAUCCGACGAGCCACGUCGGCCUAUGGCGGACUCCCGCCGAGAUCUCUUCCCCUCCUUCGAGACGAUGACUGCCGAGGUCCCGGGCCCCAGCUCGCGGGUGGCACAGCGGACCAAGACGGACAUGGACAUCGACGAGGAGGCCCCGACCAAUGGCAUGGUGGUCAAAGGAGUGCAGAAGCUACUCAACGGCCUCAGAAAGGCAGAAGGCAAGGCUCGCCGACUCGACGAGGAGAGCGAGGAGUUGCAGCAGAAGUGGGUCAACUACAAACAAAAGCUGCAGGACACCUACGUGAAGGAGAGGGCCAAGUACCAAGAGAAGCUCCAGAAGAUCAGGACCGACCUGGAGGAAGCCGAGAAGGCUCAGGAAGAUGCCCUGCUGGAGCUGCAGACGGCCUUCGCGGAGCCACAGUCCUUGAACCGGCCAAAGCCAGCACCCAUGCCACCUGCGGAUCCCGAGGCCCUGGCCGAGCUAGACGAGCUCCUAAAGUCGCCCGAGAAGAGGCCCCGUCAUGGACUCGCGGAUGUGAUUGCUGGAGCGAUCCAGUCCGGUGGUGGCGACAGAGCGAAGUUGUGGAACCAGCUGCUGGGGGCAAUAGGAGAGCACCGCAAAGGGCCUAGCACUCCCCCCCGUCGAUCCAAGCCCGUGGAACCGUCCACGCCUCUGGAUGCUACGAAGACCGCCAAGAAAGAGGCAGCAAUGGAUGCAGCCCCACCUUCGUACAGUGUGGCAGCGGAGACAUCGAACAAGGAGAACCCCUAUGUGUCUUCGCCAUCCAGGCCCAGCGAGCUCCCGAAGCCGGAAGCGACAAUACGGACUCGAUCGCGCACUUCUACUCGGAUCCCGAUCAAGCAGAUUGGGAGACAGCCGGCCAAACCAGUGGUCGCUGGCACCGGGCUGGCGGAGAAACUCGAGGCCAGACGAGAAGCGGAGCUGGCGGGAGAGCUGGACAUCUCCUCAGACGAGGACGACAUGGUCGGUGGCUUGGGAGCAGCCCCACGUCACGAGGCUGGGCUUCCAGAGGAGUAUAGUAGGCCCGCUCGACAGGAAAAGGGCCCUGGAAUGGAGGAUGGGCGGCUUGGCAUUGACCAAGCCCAGCUUUCCCUCGAUUAUGAGUACUCAGGACCGGUCAAGACGAUAUCGCUCCUGGCGGCCCUGAGGUCCCUGAAGUACCAGCUCCUCCUCUACCUGGCAGCGGGUUUCCUGAGCUACCAGGUGAGAAGGAUGACUGAGAGCACUCCAAUAUGGGACACAUCCUGGCGCUACUAUGAUGUCUUCGAUGUUGGGGGCAUCUUCCUUCAGGCACUCCUCCUGUGGUGUGGAACACAGAUGCAGCGUCUUUCAACAGUGGCUGCUGGCUGGUGUGCCGGUCUCUAUAUGAUCCAGUUUGUUUCCCUCCUCUCCGUGUUAACCUUGGGCAUGAGAGGACGGCGCCCUCUACAUCGUCGAGUGAGGACGCUUGCUUUGGGAGGACAACCGAGGCUGGUACUAGCUUUCUGUGUCCUCACGACGGCCCGGGCUGUGCGGACUACACAAGCUGCUCCGAGUUGCGGUUCAGGCACAAUAGACACUGCAACUAUCUGGAUCGGCCCACCACCGCCCCGGCAAACAGAUAUAGAACUUUGGAUGUCCGGGCAGCUGACAGCCCGUGAGCAACUUGCGAAGGCAGAGCAAAACAUGGUCCUCACCAGGCCGCUCCAACACUCUGAAGGUGAAGCACCUCCCCCAACCUACCACAUCCCGGCUGAGACGGUGCACCAUGUCGAGCACACCAUUGCCGAGGAUGAGAUAAGGGCGGUACACAUAUCUGCCUGGCUGGCGUCGCCCUUCUACGAGGUUGAAGCGAUUGACCUGGGAAUGUCUUUUCCUUUGUCAAUACGAAGGCUGUGCGAUGCCAUCAAAGAUACCAGCACCCACAUGCCAGAAUGGGCAGAAACGGUGAUCCCCACGACGCCUCAGAUCGCCCAGCUACACGGGAGUUUCGUUGCCAUCCCAUCGUGGAUCCCGGCGGUGGGGAAACAUGUCCUAGUCAUGGACAACAGAAUGAUAGGAGGAGAAAUUUUUCCCUUCUACCACGAGGGGCCGGUCACGAAGGCAUCCAUGCUCGCACAGGUGCCGGAGGAUGACGAGCCCCAUGUGGACAUCUAUGUCUUCGGCGAGCGGACCAUAUUAGAAACUGGCACCCGGCAACCCAUCCAAGGAGGAGUUGUGCAGGCGGUGUACAAAGACCAGCCCUGUCAUUGGGAGGGACCUCUCGAGGCAAGGCUCACAGACCCGACUCUCUGGAACCCGCGUCUUGGGCUUCCAGGGGACAACCAGGACCCCUAUGUGGUAUACCAGGGUCCGGAGAGCCAACUGGUGUACUACGACAUCCCUGGGGCCGACAUGCACAGAGAGGCCCUCGCCGAGCAGCUGAUGGGCUUCCGGCAAGGGCACUGCUGGAUUGCUCAGCCUAGGCCGCCAAUCGCUUCGCUCACCCACGCCGGACGUUGCCUACAAACACAGAUCGCUGUCAACCCGGGCCCUGCCAGCACUCAGCAAGAUGACCCUGAGGCUACGGUCCUCUUUCUCGACCUCCGCGGAUUGGGCUUCUUCCCACAGUGGGUUGACGGGUGGACUGUCAUUGUCGAAGGUGGCGAAUUGACCGGAGACCCCGAAAUCCGCAAGGUCGCCCACUGCGAAGUCCUGAACUUUUUCCUCAAGGAGGAGGCGGAGCUCACACCUUCCCCGCAUCGGUCCUCAACUUCACCGGCGGAUGGAGACUCGACUGACGAGGACCAUGACAUGGAUGGGGAUGAGAGCUCUACCCCCAGAGAUGCCCUCCCGGACUCCAGCGACCUCACUACACCGUCCCCUGAUCUGGCAAACCGGUCGGGUCCACCACCACCCCAACCGGUCAACCGCAGCCGUUCCCCGAGGAGAAGAGCUGCAGAAUCGACAGGGCAGCCCCUUCGGACUGCUGGGGCUGGAGAAAGAAGUGGCCAGCCAGAUGGCGCCGAUGCCGAGGGAACGGAUAUACCACGGCUCAACCUCGCCGACCUCGUCAACCCGCCCAGUUAUGACCUCAUGGCCCACCAGGUACCGCUCCCGGACGUCACUGCACAGAUCGGGGAGAUCCUCAUGCCAUGGCCGCCCCUCUGGGCAGUUUAUGACCUGAAGGAAGAGACAGCCAGGGCGGUGAACGAGUUAUCACCCUGGACGGCUCUCCUGCCCCAGCUCCCCGAGGCAAAAGACGCUGCCCUCCAUCUCUACACAGACGUAUCGGCGGGCAGCUCACAGAAGAAGCUCGGCUUCGGAGUGGCGAUCCUACUUCAGGUUGGUGCUUGUUGUGCGCUAAUCGGUCUACUUGGGGGCAGCCUCCAUGACCCACAGGGGCCGCACUGGCCCACGGAAGGCCCUGGCGCCCUUCGAGCAGAGCAAGUAGCUCUAGCAGUGGCAGUCCUAUGGAGUUUGCAAUUCAAUGUAGUUCUCCCGGGGCUCAGGUACCACUGCCAUUUUGAUUGUUAUGCUGCGGGAUGGGCGGCGACAGGCGAUUGGAGUCCUACCGACCCUUUCGCUGAAAGAGUCCACCUCCUUGAGUUGGUAGCCCGGCACUACAUCCCGGAAGGCAUACACCUGACCCACGUCCCAGCACACACCGGGGAGGCCUGGAACGAGCUGGCGGAUGUGAUCGCAAAGCAGGGAGCAAACAAUUGCUGUCAUGCCGCCCCCCCUUCUGCAGCAGCAUGCCAGGCCUUCCUUGAGGCUGACCUGAGCUGGACUGCGGCGACCCUCCAUGCCCAUCGUCACCGCAGCUUACCGAUCUCUGCAGGUGCUUUGGUGUGGAGUCCCACUUGGGAGGAGACCAAUACGGCCCCGCUUCGACCGGAACAGGUUCUCCCAGUGAUAUCUGAGGAAUGGGGACAUGCUGCUGAUCCUGCCAGGUUCUCCAUCAAGGUUCUCUCCCUGAAUGCACAAGGCAUGCAGCAAAAGCACCCCUUCUACGAGCAGCAACUGGACGAGCUCCAGUGCAACAUUUGCAUGCUGCAGGAAGUCAAGCAACCCGCAUCCUGCUGCAGAUCCAAGCGCUAUAUCAGGCUCACUACUGAGGGCUUGCGGCAUUGGGGUGUUAGCAUCUGGGUCAGCCGGACCAGAGGUGUCAUGACCCUUGACGGCAAGCCUCUGGUGGCAGGCACAACGGACGUGCAGGUCAAGGUCGAGACGGAGCGGCUACUUGUCAUCGAGAUUGCGGUCGCAGAUGGAAGUAUUGCCCUGGUCUCUGCCCAUUGCCCACACUCGGCAAGGAAGGAGGAGGCAGAGGGCUUUUUACAAGAGCUUGAACGGCAGCUAUCGCAACUUCGCCAUGCACAACUGAUUAUAGUUGGUGCGGACUUAAACUGCCGCCUACCGCCCGACCGGACUACCGUCACAGGGGGGCUGCGCUACGGAGAGCCGGACGACCUUGGGGAGCGGAUCACCAGGGUCUGUGAGACCGUGGGUCUAUGGGCCCCCUCAACGUUCAGGGAGCUGCACCAGGGUGAUAGCUAUACGUACCGCCACCCAGGCGGUGGCGCCCAUCGAUUAGACUACAUCCUGCUGGGAGGACGGACUGAGCCAACCAGACUGAGGAGCGAGGUCGGCUAUCAGUUCGACACCCUCAACCCGAAUGAGGACCACCACCCAGUUCUGGUCCAGCUUGAUGGCGAGUGGAAGCGCGGUGGUCGACGACGACUCAGGCGUGCGAGGUAUGACAGAGAAAAGAUGGCCACGAGCGAGGGCCGAAAACUCAUUGCUGAAAGCAUGCGUCUGUAUGCCCCGCCCGAGUGGAAUGUCCACCCUGACCUGCACUACCAGCACCUUUUGGAUCACAUCCAUGCCAUGCUGGAGCAGCACUUCGCGAAGCCCGGCGACGCCCCUCGAGCCUCCUUCGUGCCCUCGUGGAUAUGGGAGAAAAGAGCAGCCAAGCUACGAUUCAAGGCUGGAUCUUUGAGUGGCUUGCACACAAACAUCAUGUAUCAUCAUGUCCUCUACGGCAUCUACUCUGCAGCGGUCAAGGUUGUCACCUACCGGGCCAAGCGGGCCAUCCGCGAAGGCAAAAGUGCCUUUCUACGAGAUGUUGCCCAUGGAUACUCGCCCCCUACAGGGGCCAAUCACUUCCUCUCCAAUGUCAAGAAGGCCGGUUUGGGCAAGUCCUCACGGACUACCACCCAGCGACAACUACCUGCCCUCCUCGAUGCCCAGGGAAGGCCUGCUGCAACGAGGGAAGAUCAUGAUGCCAUUUGGCUACAACACUUUGGUGACCAAGAAUGGGGGACAAUCGUCGAGCUCCCAGCCCUUCUGCGCCGGCCACACCCGCCCAUUGUGGCCGAUGAAGGUCUACAUUGGACACUCGAUUGCCUGCCUUCUGUCUUGGAACUGGAAGAGGUGUACAGGGCCGCACCGCGGCACAAAGCGGCCGGCCCCGAUUCAGUUCCGGGGGAACUGAUCAGAGCUGCCCCGGCAGCAAUGGCUGUCGCGACUCACGCUUUGAUGGCCGAAGCAGCGAUGAGGUUACAUCAACCUUUCCAUUGGCGAGGAGGAUACCUCUUCGAAUGCUACAAGAGGCAAGGCGACACACACUCCGCAGAGUCAUAUAGGUCUUUAUUCGUGUCCAACAUCUUCGGCAAGUGCAUGCACAAGGUCUACAAGAAGAAGAUCGGACCCAUUGUUGCAUCGGCUGUUCACCCGAUGCACCUUGGCUCCAAACGUGGAGCUCCGGUGACAUUCGCUGCGAUGCAGAUCAUGGCCCACAUGCGACUGCAUAUGGCGAGGAGGCGAUCGACGGCCACGCUGUUUCUUGACUCGAAGCAAGCCUACUACCGAGUAUGUAGGGAAAUAUGCAUGGGCAAGAUCACGGACGAUAUCGCCAUUGCGAAGCUGUUUGCCCACUUUGGCCUCCCAGUCGAGGACUACCAUACCCUGCAUGCCGAGAUCGAAACCGGGGGCGUGCUGGCGGACUGUGGCGUUCCCCCGGCUGUCAGGCAUGUUAUCAAGGAUUUGCAUAAUGUGGCCUGGUUCUCGACACAGCAUGGAGAUGGAAGACGGGUCUGUGUCACCCGGGCUGGCUCACGUCCGGGCGAAAGUUUCGCCGACGUGGUAUUCGGCUUCAUUUACGAGCGGAUACUACAACAGGUAUCAGAGGUGGCGAAUGCCGAGGGCUUGCUGGAGAGCCACCCGUACGACGAGGAGAUCGGGCCCUUUGGCAGCGGAGCCAACGGCUACGACGUCCUCGUGCAAGACAGCACUUGGGCAGACGACAGUGCCUGGCCAGUGUCCGACGGGGACCCACUACUCCUCCUCCGCAAGGCAUCACGCCUCUCCUCUUUGGUGAUAUCACACCUUCAGGGCAUGGGGAUGCAGCCCAACAUGAAGAGGGGCAAGACCUCUCUCCUCAUCCACUUGGUAGGUCGAGGAGUCAGGGCGGCGAGAGCUCGCUUUUUCCCGAAUGGGGAAUCCAGGCUCUACCUUGCCGACUUGGACGUGCACGUGGAGGUGGUCCCAUCUUAUGUUCACCUGGGAGGAGCCAUAGAGCACCAUGGUUGCCCCGCUCUGGAGGCCAGAAGGCGACUAGCGAUAGCUGGGGCGGCCUACGAGGAUGGUCGGCGAAUCCUGCUUGGCAACAGGACCAUCGACCUGCCAGCGAGAGCCCGUACCUUCGAAGCUGCUGUACGCCCCACUUUCUUCAACAUCGCCCUGUGGCUGCCCACUGGACCUGCCUGGGCUAAAAUCGAGACUGGCUACACCAGUCUGCUGAGACGGAUGUUGGCUCCCUCCUUCAAGGAUAAGGAACUUUUCCGAAUUCCGGACCCUCUCAUACAUCUGCUGGUCGACAGCCCGCCGCUCUACCAGUACGCGAGGAAAUCCAGGUUGAGUUUCCUGCUGUCACUGGCGAAUCACGGCCCGCCUUGCCUGUGGGCUGUUCUUCAAGCUGAAGGCCAAUGGUGUGCUCAGAUAUGUGCGGACCUACAGUGGCUGGUCGAUACCGACCGUUCGGAGUGGCCGGCAGUACAUGGAGCUGCUUGGCCAGAGUGGUGGAGGCAACUACGUCAGUCGCCAGGGCGUUUCAAACGCCGGCUAACGAAAAAAGCCCAUGAGGACUUUGCGCAGGAGAAGCGAACCUACGGUUGGCAGUUGGGACUGUGGUCCAUGUACUGCCAGGCCAUGCGCACCCUACGCAAGGAAGCCCCUGGAGAUGCCAAAUGGGCAUGUCGAAGAUGCAGGCGCCUUUUCCCCACCAGAGCAGGGCUAAGUGUCCACCUGUUCAAAAGCCACGGCAGAACCGCGGCAUAUAGAGCCUGUGUCGAAGGAACGUGCUGCAAAGGUUGUGGCAGGGAGUAUUGGUCCACCAACAAGCUCGCGGUCCACUUACGUGACCAUCCCCGCUGUGUGCGGAGCAUGCUCCAACAUGGACAUCGGGCUUCCUCCAUCUUGCCGGGACUCAGAAGCCGCGGUUGGCGAGCCCGGGAGCAGGACCAAUACACCCCGGCAGUCUCACAGCAAAGCGGCCCUCGUCUGGAAGACCGAUAUGGAGGCGCACAGGGAGAUGAGUGCGAGAGGGCCCAGCGCGAGUUAGAGGAGCUACUUCUUGACGCUCCAGCGCGGAGACGGAGUAUCCUCGAGCAGGCCUUCCCGGAGUGUGUUCUCGACGCCUACCCGUUGUACCCCGAGGAGAUCCAGCAUGUCAUCGGGGAGGCGGUUCAUGACCUACCACUGGCAUGGAGGGCGGAGACCGAGCUCUUCGAUAUGACGGAGGAGCUCAAACACGUGAUGACUGAGUUGCUCGAGGGCUACCUGACGAUCCCGGGUGAUGCUAAGGGAUGUGUCAAGGACGAUGGCAACAAGCUCGUCCCCUCCGGAUUCCGGGCGAAAGUCGAUGCCAUCGACUGGGGCGAAGUCCUACGUGAUCUGAGAGUGCUCCACGUGACCCCGUCGCAGCCUGUAUAUAUUUGCCUGACUGUCUGGGAAGCUGCACAGACGAUAGGCGCUGAAUACAAGCUGUAUGGUGCAGCCGUGGAUGAGCUCACAGCUAUUUUUGUGCCGUCGCAGAUCCAGGAAGCAUGGCAGCGAACACUCGCUGGGGAGGCAGUACAGGUCAUAGCUCCUCCUGCUUUCUGGGCCACGGCCUUUGCCCGGCCUUUCUUGAUGAUUGGCCUGUGUCCCUGCAUUUAA